AUUCGCGGCGUUUGCAUAAAAUAUCAACGAGACACGUAUAGAUUUAGGAAGCUGUCAGAAAACACGAUCGAAUCUGUAGGUUUUUCCUGGGGACACGCCGUCGCUCGAUUUUGCUUCGUAAGAACUAACAUUUAAAGCUGAUCUCAUCAUCACAAAUCUACCAAGAUGGGCAUGCUUGAAUCUCUAGGUGUUGACGGACUGCUAAGUGAUGUACAACGGAUGGAUAAACGACAGUUUUUCUUUCAAGUGCUCAGUUUUGGAAUGAUUGUUUCCUCUGCCCUUAUGAUCUGGAAGGGUUUGAUGGUCGUCACUGGUAGUGAGUCUCCCAUUGUAGUGGUGCUUAGUGGCAGCAUGGAACCGGCCUUCCAUCGCGGUGAUUUGCUGUUUUUGACCAACCAAGAGGAACCGGUACGUGUCGGUGAGAUCGUCGUAUUCAAGAUUGAGGGACGCGACAUACCGAUCGUGCACCGGGUGAUCAAACUGCACGAAAAGAAUAACGGCACGGUCAAGUUCUUGACCAAGGGGGACAACAAUUCGGUGGACGAUCGGGGCUUGUACGCACCGGGACAGCUCUGGCUCACCAAGAAGGACAUCGUGGGACGGGCCAGAGGCUUUUUGCCGUACGUCGGCAUGAUUACAAUCUACAUGAACGAAUAUCCAAACCUUAAGUACGGUAUUUUGGGGCUACUGGCACUGUACGUGCUACUUCAUCGAGAGUAGGCUCUCGAUGGAUCAUUCGAGGAAUUCCGUUGGUUACGCGAGGAUGGUAGAAGAAUGAAGUUUUGUCGUAUCUUUGAACAUGCCAGCUGCAUUUCGAUUCAGAGGAACAUAUAAUGUAAUGUCGUUUUCGUUUUUAAAUUGCACUACACUGGUGUAGCGAAAGCUGCACUGAAACCGUUCGUUUUUGCCAAUUGCACUACACCAGUGCUACACUUUUUCUGCACCGAUACCACUGGUGUAGCACUCAUUGAAAGUUUGGUGUAGCUCUGUGCAAUGGAAUCGUUAAUUGUAGUCAAUGGUUACUGUUUAUGUUUUCGUCAUUUUUGUUCGUUUAUUCAUGCCUCAGUGUAGCACUGCACCGGUGUAGUGCAAAUUAAAAACGAAAACGCCAUAAGAUAAUAAAUUUGAAAUCCAUGCGGUAACUAAAUAAAAAUUAUUUCUUCCUUA